AAACCUGACGUCAUGAUGUGUACCUCCCGCCAUUGAACGGGAACAGUGAUGUAGUCCUACCCAAGGCUACUGUAGUCAAGUCUAGUAAGAGAAUGUACGUAUAUUAAGCCAAAGAAGCGUGGUGGUGGGUGAAGUGUAGCUAUAAUGUCUUACCCACCUAGAAGAGGAAGAAUUAACAAACGAUAUUUGGACAACAAGCAUAGUUUGUCAAGGCAGGAGCACAGACGCCAUGUGGGGUCCAGGGAGGACCUCGACACACAGCCACCGCCCAGGAGAAUUCCACACUAUGAAGAGGAUCCAUUUUGGGAGAACAGACAAGAUGAUUCAAGUUACAGCAGAGACCCUCACACAAACACCAGAUUCCGGGACUAUGGGAGCAGUCAUCACGAACAAGAGCGAGGACAGCCAUCCAACCCCCGUGGGAAUUGGGGUCAUGGGAGGAAAGCCAAACAAGUGGGGAGAGGAGGACGGGGAAGACCAGUGGCAAAGGCUGAACCUCCACUGGUGAUGAGUGGCAUACCUCACUUAGAACAUUCUUUUGUUAUGAAUAAAAAAACUGGUAAUGCUGCUGUCAUUGGGGAGGAAGAAGCUACAGGUGAAAGAGAAACUGAAAGUGUUUGUAAUGCUGGUGCAGAUACCCCAAGAAUGGCAGAUGAAAACAAAGGGGACUUAAGUUCUAGAGAUUCAGAGAGAUUUUCAGGUGAAAGAAAUGAAAACGUAUGUAAUACCACUGUAAGUGAAGCUCUGACUAAAUGUUCCAACCCUGCUGAUUAUACCCGAACAUCAAAUUUUGGACAAGAUAUUCAGAGUAGACAUAAUCUUGUUGACAAUGAAGCUACUGAUACCUGUGGCUUCUCAGGUAAUAAUAGCCAGGUUCCUGAACAAAUGAGAGUUAAAGAAGAUGUGGCCUGUGAAUCUCUAGAAGUUACUACCUAUAACAGUGAAAAGCAGCAGAAUGUUGAUAGGUUGCUUGAGGAGGAGAGUGGUGGUAGUGAACCAUCCCUGGCACCACCUCACACUCACAAGUUGGCUGAUCCAGCAAAACUAGAACUAGAGACUGAACGUUACUAUGAUGAGCUCUUAGGAAAAGAAGAAUCUGAAAAGAAAAUAGCUGAAAAGCUGUCAGCAUCCCAGGUGGCAAAAAUAACCGUCAGUUAUAAAACUGAUGAAGAACAAAAACAAGCGGAGGAAGAUAGAAUACAAGAGGAGAAGCAGAGAGAACAAGAAAGGAAGGUCCAGGUUGAAACAGCUUGGUCUAUUCUGCAUCAGUACUGGCAGUUUGUGAGAGAGAAUCCAUAUGACUUCAAUGGAUGGACAUAUCUUAUGAAUCAUGUUGAGAACAUGGAUAACUUGGAGGCUGUACGCUCUGCUUUUGAUGGGUUCUUGCCACUGUAUCCAUACUGCUUUGCAUACUGGAAGAAGUUAAGCGACAUGGAGUUAAAACACAAUGAAAUGAAGAGGUCCUUGGGUAUCCUUCUGACUGGUACUGAAUGUGUGCCAUUUUGUACGGACUUAUGGCUGUCACUGCUGAAUAAUAUGAUCACAUACGUCAAGCAGAGAGAUCUACCACCUCAUUUGGUAAAAGAGUUGUAUCAGAGUGGCCUGGACAGUAUGGGAGGAUCUUGGCACAGUUCAAGUCUGUGGGAUGCUUGUAUAAGUUAUGAGCAGAAUAAUGGAGACCUCAUAACUGUGAUGGCUCUCUACAGGAGACUGAUAAAGACACCAACGAGACUAUAUAAUAAACAUUGGGAUCAUUUUCUGGCUCUAGUUCGAGAUCAUCAUCCACGUAAUCUGUUGCCCGCUGAGGAGUAUCAAGCACUACGCAAGCAGGCGUGUGAGGAGCUCAAGAUUAAGUACACCUCAACAAGUCUUAUGCCACCAAAAACAAUUCAGAAGACUCCACAGCCAGAGGAUAAACUGACUUCCCAUCUUAAGGAGAAGGUUGUGGCACUUUACAUCAAAACUCAUGAGUGCAAUGAAAUGCAAGUGGACAAGAGGUGGAAGUUUGAAGAAAGAAUAAAGCGACCCUAUUUCCAUGUAAAACCUUUGGAUAAGAAACAAAUCAAGAACUGGAAUGAUUUCUUAGACUUUGAGAUAAGUGAAGGAGAUCCUGUGCGAAUCAUACCUCUGUUUGAGCGCUGUUUGGUCGCAUGUGCUCUCUACGAAGACUUUUGGUGCCGUUAUGCUACCUAUAUGGAAAAGCAUGUACAGAAUGUGAUGGAUGGAAAGUUUAUAGAGGUAGCAAAUGAUGAAGACAAAGUUAAUAAUGAAAAUGGAAAAGAAUGUAAAGAAGAUGGGGAGAGUACAGAAAAGUCCGUGUCAGAUAGUGUAGAAAUUAUAAAAGAAAUUAGCAGUUCGGGAAAAGUUUCUGAGGUUAACAAAAUGGAAGAGAGUUUAGAUGCUGUAAAUACUGAUGAAAAGGUAAAUGGUAAAAGUGUUGAUGUUGAAAGUGUCGAAAAUAGUGAUGAUUCAGUAGUGCGGGGCUGUAGGUUGAGUGUUGAAAGUGAUUUUGUGAGAGAUUCUGGUGUUGAAAGCAUAGAAAAGAAUGACACUGCUACUGCAAAUGAUUCAGUGAAAGCAGACAUGAAAGAACAAAAACAAACUGGUGAAAAAACUGAUGAAAAAGAUAAUGAAGUACCAGCAAUAGAGGAAGAUAAGAAUGAAGGGCACGUUACAGAUAUAUCAAAGCCCCUUACCUUAGAGCAACUGAAGAGUGAACUGUGUUGUGACUUGAGCAUUACAGGACGUGUGUUAAAGUGCCCCCCGCUCACCCCUCAGUGGAUUAAGAGUGGGGUGAGCUGGGAGGACGUAAGACAUAUUUACCGUCGUGGUGCGUGGAUUCAUUGCCCCAGUAAACCCUGCCUCCUCAUGCAAUGGGCAGAGUUCGAGGAGACACAAGGUAACUUGGAUACAUCAAGAGAGCUGCUCAAUACUGUCAUUGCCAAGUACCCGAAGUUGCUGAAGGCUAGGAUGCAGCUGAUAGAGCUUGAGCGGAGAACCGGAAGUUACCAGCGAGUUGAGGAACUGUAUGUGGAGGCAUCUCGUGCACUGACCCAACCAUCCCAGCGUUCAUGGCUGGCUAUCAGAUAUGCUCGAUAUCUCUUUAAGAUUUUACUGGAAGCAGACAGGGCCCUGGCAGUCUUACGUAAAGCUCUGAAAAAAGACAGAGGUAACGUGCACCUUUAUCAUCACGUCUUUGAUAUAUGUUAUCAACGACAACCUCUGGAUUGUCAAGGAGUGCUGGCGUCUGUGCUGCUGGCUCUUGCUUCCAAAGAACUUUCGGUGCAUGACAAAUACUGGUUUGCAUACAAGAGAGUUGAGUUUCUAAGAGAGCACGGAGAUAUAAUAGAGCUGAAGAGGGCACAGCAGGAACUUGCUGAACUAAAGGAACUGGCUGAGAAAGAUAAGUUGGCCGCUAAACAAGAGAAGGAGAUCAAUCCGGAGAAUAAUGAGUCAAAAGCAAAAGAAGUUUCCCAGAAGGAUGAAACUGAGGCAGAAAAUAAAGAUGGUACAAGUGGUGAGGGCAGUGAGACUGCCGGUGCACCAACAGCAGAGUCAGCGGUUGCAGAAGCUGCCUCCACGGGGGUGUUUCCCAAUCCUGGUCCAUAUCAAGACCCUCAACAACUCAACCAGCAAUUUCCUGUACCAUAUUUUGCAGCUGAUGGUGCCAUUACGUACAACCCAAUGGCAGGUUAUGGUUAUGGACAUUCCGAUCCUAAUCAAGCUCUACCCACGGCUCAGGAGGUGGUUCAAGGUGGUGGGCAGGACACACACCAGCAGAAGUCUCAAGAAGAGUACCAUAAGGUCCCACCAUCUUGGGAAUUUGAAGUCCAAACUGGCUCAUAUGGGUAUGGGAAGUCAGAGGAGCACAGGUGGCAUCAGGAGGCUGGGUACCACCAGUACAAUGAUCUUGUUGCUAAUGGCUAUCCUCAGCACCUCAAGGAUAAAGAGGUUGAAGAAGUCAAGAUGCCUUUCACCAUCAACGUAGACCAUAUGCGUCGACGUCCCAGGGGUCAAGAGACACCUCAGAUGCCAGACAUGAGCCAGCCUCCCCCAUCAGCAGCAACAGGGAGUCUCCCACCCAUCUCUGUUGUCCCACCCACAGCCUCAAUGUCCUCCACCUUACUUCCUCACCAUAAGUUUACAAGACCCCCACCAUUCCCAGGUAUAGGCCCUCCAGGGCUAUUCCCUCCUGGCUUUGGAGCUCCACCUGGUCCAAUGGAUGCUCCUCCUCCUCCUGGAGAGGGACUGUCUUAUUCUAAAGAUUCUCAGCGGUCAUUCUUUGACAGUCCUCCUCCAUUUGCCAAACGCAGACAUCUUGAUGAUUUCAGCUUAAAAGAUGAGCCGCCGUACAAGAUGCACUGCACAGAAAACUUUGAUCUUGCCCGACAAUAUCGACCGGAGUAUGAUAAUAACUACACAGCUUCUCCUGGUCCUAGUGCCCCACCAACCCACAGAGCAAACUUUGGAUCAUAUGAUGCCAACUUCCAGUCUUAUUCUCCAUAUGGACAAAAGGAUGAUGACCAUCUCAGGGAGCAGUGCGAUGAUAGGCAUCAGUUACCAUCUCAAAGAAAUAGUCCAGAGCUCUCCAGGUUUAAUGAGUCAAACAGAUAUUCUCUUCGUGAAGCAAGUAGCUUUGACACUCCUAUACCAAAAGAGGUGGAGAUGAAGGAUGCAGAGAGGCUGUGUGUUAAUGUUCCUGACUGGCUGAUACAGGAUGGUGGGGAGCUGUGCCUUAGUGACACUGACCGGGGUGUCUCACUUAUUCGUUACUGGCCAAAUUUCAUGACCCAGAAGGGAGAGAAGACAGUUUUCCGUAUCCUGAGGAAAGGACUGAAGUGGCACCAGCGGCGAGCAGUUACUGAUGGGCAGUGGCAGAACCUCCCUCACCUGCUCUCCUGGAUUGGUCCGUGUGACUACUCGUACUCAGGCGUCACCCUGGAGAGAAACACCAACUGGUUACCGGAGAUUGUUGAUCUUCUUCACAGGUUGAUUAAAUACACUGGUAACCAGUACAAUAGCUGCUUCCUGAACCUUCACCGUAAUGGGUACGACCAUGUUGCCUGGACGGAGGAAAACCACCCAGCCCUCCGUGAUAACCCCUCGAUUGCCUCUGUCUCACUGGGCACAGCCAGGCUGUUUGAGAUGAGAAGAAAGGAUGGGCGAGGAUUUCUACAGUUUCCCCUUUUUCCUGGAUCUCUGCUUUUGAUGGAAGGAGCCACUCAGGAGGACUGGCAGCAUCAGUUUCCAAAGGAACCCAACGUCCCCGGCGAGAGAAUGCACAUGACCUUCCGCAAAUUGUACAUGAUUGAGGGUCUGACAGUGUGACGCUUGUGUUCUAUAUUUGUUGUACUGUGGCCAACACCAUCUUAUGGAGUCCUCAGCAUGUCGUGACAGAAAUAACCGAAAAAUAUUACCAUUUUCAUAUAUUCACUUCAUAAAGGAAGAUGAUCUUUAAUCCUUACACUUAAAUGAACAUAAUAUCUGAAUUGGUUGGAAUAAAUAAAUAAAAAAAUAUACUUGUACUGUAGAGUAAUACCUGUAUUUCCAUUCACCGGAACUCUCCAAUAGAUGGAAUGAAAAUCAGGCCAGAAAGAUUCCAGGGAAACUUUCCAUUCAGGGUCUGUGAACGAGUUUCUGAGGAUGAAAAUCGGGCGCAUUUUCAGGAGAAAUUCCAUGAAAAUGUUUCCAAACCUCCCCAUUCUGAGUCUAGGAACAAAUUUUCUGGAAGUUCCAAGAGACUGCAUCAUGGUCCAAUGGGAACCCACGUGCUAGGUGCAUGGGUGGGGGCGAGCUGCUUGGAUCGUUUACUUCAUAUUCUGUAUUUUAAAAACUCAGAAUACUAGAUCUCUGAUGAUACGAUGCUCUUAUUAACCUGAAAUUAUGAGUUUAUGAAUAACCAUAACAUAACUCCCCCAGCUCAUCCUGCUAACUAUUGCUGGUGCACGAAGAAAUGUUUAUUCCAUUUAUGUUUUUGACCUGAUGAUAUUUUUUGGGGGGGCGGGGGCACAGUCUGUGUGUUGGAUUGUGUGGGCAUGUAACUAAAUAAAAAAACUAUGAGGAAAA